AUGGAGCACCAGCAAACACUCCUGAACCUGCCCUGCCAUCACCUGAAGCAAGAGAUGGUAACGAGGGGGAAUUCAACACUCUAUAUGCUUCAGAGGAUGGAGGAGCAGCAAAAAGCCAUUAAAGCCAACACAACCACCUACGAUACAGGCAAAGGAGGGGGAAUACACCUGACUCAAGUGGAAGUUAGAAAGCACGGCAGUAAGGAGGCAGAAGCUGCUUCUGGUGCCAUGGACCCUGGUCAUGGUGGGCUGAGUCAAUGUUCUGAGUGUGAGAAAUGUUUUACACAGAAAUCACAACUUGUUACACAUCAGCGAAGUCACACAGGUGAGAGGCCAUUUCCAUGUUCUGAGUGUGGGAAAUGUUUUACACGGAAAUCAAAUCUUGUUAAACAUCAGCAAAGUCACACAGGUGAGAGGCCAUUUCCAUGUUCUGAGUGUGGGAAAUGUUUUACACUGAAAUUAAAUCUUGUUACACAUCAGAAAAGUCACACAGGUGAGAGGCCAUUUCCAUGUUCUGAGUGUGGGAAAUGUUUUACAUGGAAAUCACAACUUGUUCCACAUCAGCGAAGUCACACAGGUGAGAAGCCAUUUUCUUGCUCUGAGUGUGGGAAAUGUUUUACACUGAAAUCACAUCUUGUUGUACAUAACAGAAGUCACACAGGUGAGAAACCAUUUUCUUGCUCUGAGUGUGGGAAAUGUUUUACACAGAACUCACAACUUGUUACACAUCAGCAAAGUCACACAGGUGAGAGGCCAUUUCCAUGUUCUGAGUGUGAGAAAUGUUUUACACAGAAAUCACAACUUGUUACACAUCAGCGAAGUCACACAGGUGAGAGGCCAUUUCCAUGUUCUGAGUGUGGGAAAUGUUUUACACGGAAAUCAAAUCUUGUUAAACAUCAGCAAAGUCACACAGGUGAGAUGCCAUUUCCAUGUUCUGAGUGUGGGAAAUGUUUUACACUGAAAUUAAAUCUUGUUACACAUCAGAAAAGUCACACAGGUGAGAGGCCGUUUCCAUGUUCUGAGUGUGGGAAAUGUUUUACACUAAAAUCACAUCUUGUUGUACAUAACAGAAGACACACAGGUGAGAAACCAUUUUCUUGCUCUGAGUGUGGGAAAUGUUUUACACUGAAAUCACAUCUUGUUGUACAUAACAGAAGUCACACAGGUGAGAAACCAUUUUCUUGCUCUGAGUGUGGGAAAUGUUUUACACAGAACUCACAACUUGUUACACAUUUCCCACACUCAGAGCAA